AGGGUUCUUUUUAUCCUGCCACUGCACCUUUUUGAAAUGGCCGAGUGGGUUCAUUUGAUAAAGCUUGAUAGCCUGAGCGACAAUAUAAUUAACCAGUAAACAGCUCGUCGUUCUUAAGACAGGCUUUAUUUCAGGCAUGUUCUCUUGAAUUUCCAAACAACUAAAAGGCUUGGGCUGUGGCAACCUAGUUGCUGGUUAGAGAGAGAGUUAAGCGAGCUGUCGAUAGCUAAGGUACUCUGAUGUUAGCGAGCUAGCUAACGUUAAAUGAGCUAGCUCUUUUGUAACUGGAAAAAUCAUCCCGUCACCAGCUGGAAUUAUUUUCAUCUUGAAAAUGGCAGACAAGGAUUUUCUACUUGCCCUUCAGUUACAAGAGCAAUUCGAUUUCGAAGCGUCAACAUCAACUGAUGAUUAUUUCCAGCUAUGUGAACCUUCCAGCGAUGUAAUUCCUUACUCGCGUCCAAAAACUGUGUCGCCCGAAAGACCCAUGUCAAUUGUAGACGAGUCGUGGGAAACGAUUGACCCAAGCCCUGACGUGCGAUCUAUGUUCCUUGAAUUUAAUGACAUGUUUUUUUUGGGAAAGCUCAGUGGAGUGGAAGUCAAAUGGAGCACUCGAAUGACACUAUGUGCUGGUGUGUGUUCCUACGAAGGACGGGGUGGUCUGUGCUCCAUUCGUCUCAGUGAACCACUUCUGAAACUCCGGCCACGUCGAGACCUAGUUCAGACACUUUUACAUGAGAUGAUCCAUGCUUUGCUCUUUGUGACCCAAAACAACCGGGACCGUGAUGGACAUGGGCCAGAGUUCUGCAAGCACAUGGAUAGAAUCAACCAAGCCACUGGGACAAAAAUCACAGUUUACCAUAGCUUCCAUGAAGAAGUUGAUGUGUACCGUCAACACUGGUGGCGCUGUAAUGGCCCUUGUCAGAACCGAAAGCCCUACUUAGGCUACGUAAAGAGAGCAAUGAACCGCGCUCCCUCCCCCAGGGACCCCUGGUGGAACGACCACCAGCGCACCUGUGGGGGCACCUACAUGAAGAUCAAAGAACCAGAGGGCUAUGGGAAGAAGGGCAAAAAUGAUAACAAGGAUAAGGACAACAAGCUUCAGAAGAAGCCCACUGGUGGAACCAAGCUGCCUAACAGUACUUUUGCAUCUGGAUCACAAGACAUCAGAAAGAUCAUUGCAUUCAGUGGGCAAGGCUUUGUGCUUGGAGGAAGCUCACAGACAUCAAGCUCUACUCAGAAACCUCCCUGGCAAAGUCCCUCAAACCCUGUUCACAUUCCUCCCAAACCACAGGUGUCGCCUCCAAGUCAGUCUCCUGAAAUGAAAGAAAUCAGCUAUGGGCAAAGUCAGAUUAGUUUUAAAAAGCCGAGCACCAGCACUGUGACCAGUGCAGUUAAGAAAUCAAUAGCCAAUCAUAAAGCCUUUGUCAACAUUAAUGGCUCACCAAUUGCCAAAACCAAUGUCAAACAGUCAAACAAGAAACUGACAGAUCGUUUCAAGACUCAACUUGUAUUUCAAGACAUCUUUGGUGAUGUGCCAUCACCUAAAAAGACUGUUAAUGUUUCAGAAGCAUCUUCUAAAACCAGCACACCAUUCAGUAAUAAUGCUAACAUGCAUGGUAAACCCAGCAGUUUGGUCUCAAAGGUUGCAACACGGCCAGUGUCAGAUGGAAGACCCUCAACGUCAAGGCUUUUUGAUAGACCUCAAACUAGUAAUGCAGGAGGGUCCAAACUGGGCUCUGUGGAUCCAAAUAAGCCACGGCUUCUCAAAAGUCCCCAGAAGUCAGCUAACACAACUCCAGGCUCCAGGAAAAGACCACUGGAUGAUGAUACUUCUUCACCCAUCUACAAAUUCUUUAAGCCGUCUUCUUCUCCGCACAAGAAAAGUGAACCACAGAGCCAGGUUGGCUCACUAGCUCCACCUGUAAGGCAAGCUGCAGUACAGCAGAGUACUCCUGUUAGCAUGGACCGGAUCAUGGUCAACUGCCCUGUGUGCCACACCAAAAUGCCUGAAGUAGAAGUCAAUAACCAUCUAGACUCUUGUCUCUCAGGUUGACACAUGAGAACCUGAUAAGUUCACUUGUUAAGCAAAAGACUUAUUUUCUAAGGUUCCAUUUGGGUGCCUUCCUAAUACCAUCCCCAAAUCAAAGCUCUGCAUUAGAAAACAGUGGUGAUGGAAGAGUGUGAAUCUGAACAACAUGGCAGUCGCCCUGUACCACAGCCUGUUACAUUGAAUGCCUUAUCAUGACAGAACAAAGCAAAAAGGAAAGCAAUAAUGAGCCUUAUUGCAGGCCUGGGGAUAGCUACCCAAAUGAUCAUGUUGUAUCAGUCAUAUUUCAAAAAGCUUUCCAGAAGCUUUUCAAUAGUGGACAUACAGCUUCAUGUUAAAGCAGUUGAUUGAUGUUCAGCCGUACUGCCAUCAGUUGUCUCUAGCACAACCCCACAGCUCUCAGGAUCUUGUACUUGUGCUGCACUUUACGUCGUAUCUCUCUGAUUUUAGAGAGGUGAAGGCUAAUUUUAGAAACGACUUGGCAUUCAAAAGAUGUUCCAUGUGUCAUUAAGGAUGUAUUGGCUUUCUGUGGUGCAGACCUGAUUCAGUGGGCCUGACAACCACUCGUUUUCAGUCUCUGCAGUGUCAGGUUUUGCCGUGGAAGAGCAAGUCAUUCCUGCUGACUGGGCAGUAUUAUAUUUCACACUUGCACACUUUUCGUUUCAACCGGCUUUCAGGAGUCAUCUAGCACAUGGCAAGGUCAGGCUGUAGGAUACUUAAAUGCCAUCCUCAGUAGUGGCACUGUGCGGCACCAAACCAGUACACCAUUUUCAGAAUAUUGUUGCAGAGGUGCAUGGCGUAAAGAGGCAUCUCUGGCAAUAACGUUCUACCUCAUGGAACAUUUUAUUUUAAGGAUAAAUAUAUCUGUGAUAAAUUAUGUUUUCUUUACCUGUUUUUAAUUAAAUGUUAAGCAGUAGCAUAAAUGUUUUAGAGUUAUGUAUUUAAACCUGUUUCUGUUCUGUUUGUGUUGUUUUAUACAUUCUUAAAGUGUCUAAAUAAAUCUUUUACUAAUGUACACUCAA